GGCUAGCCAAACAAAGCCGAAGUCUGGUUUGGUUUAUCAUCUUCGGCCGCAAACAACCUGCUUGCUGAGACGGGCGGAAUAAAGAGGCAUCCAUAUCCAUCCAUGGAUCUCCAAGCUCCGGUUUCUAUCUCCAUUCCACUUUUCCGGCACCGGCGCCCCAAUUCCUACCCCUCGAAUUCGUUCAAAUGCCGCCGUAGGACUACUUCUUCCCAGCUCCAAUCCUCGACGGAACUCUCCAGCACCGCCGGCGGGUAUUCUCCGUCCGUCGCAACGCACAAAGUUACCGUUCACGACAGGCAGCGUGGCCUCACCCACGAAUUCCUCGUUCCCGAGGAUCAGUAUAUACUGCACACUGCUGAAGCGCAGAACAUAUCUCUUCCAUUCGCUUGCAGGCACGGCUGUUGCACUAGCUGUGCUGUUCGUAUAAAAUCUGGACAAAUUAGGCAGCCCGAAGCAUUAGGGAUAUCAGCAGAAUUGAAAUCUAAGGGGUAUGCACUGCUUUGUGUGGGCUUCCCAUCCUCUGAUAUUGAAGUUGAAACACAAGACGAGGAUGAGGUAUAUUGGCUUCAGUUUGGAAGAUAUUUUGCUCGUGGUCCUAUAGAAAGAGAUGAUUAUGCACUGGAGUUGGCCAUGGGUGAUGAGUAAAUCUAAAUCAAUUAGAUGUUGUAUCAGGAUUCUGGAUUUCUGAUGAGAGACAUGAAAGAUGUAUAAUUUUUCUCCUCUGCCUUCUGUGCCUUUUGUCUUCUCUUCUUUUAUCAUUUUUUUUUCUCUUUUAAACUCAAUGUAGGCCCUAAAGUACUCAAGAACAGAGAUACCAUUGCCACCUCUGGCUUUCCUGUGGAUACAUAUUCCUUCCUCUCUUAUCUU